AGCUUGAUCUGCAUACAAAAUGCGUGGUGGAUGUGGAUGCAAACAAGGUUAUUCUUCAUCCUGUAAACACCAACCUUUCAAAAGGAGAUGCCAGGACCCAACCAAAGGUGUUUGCUUAUGAUCACUGCUUUUGGUCUAUGGAUGAAUCUGUCAAAGAUAAAUAUGCAGGUCAAGAUGUUGUUUUCAAGUGCCUUGGAGAGAAUAUUCUUCAGAAUGCCUUUGAAGGCUAUAAUGCUUGCAUCUUUGCCUAUGGGCAAACCGGAUCUGGAAAAUCAUACACAAUGAUGGGCACUGCUGACCAGCCUGGAUUAAUCCCUAGACUUUGCAGUGGACUCUUUGAAAGAGCCCAGAAAGAGGAAAAUGAAGAGCAGAGUUUCAAAGUGGAAGUAUCCUACAUGGAGAUAUACAAUGAGAAAGUCAGAGAUCUUCUUGACCCAAAAGGAAGCCGUCAGUCAUUAAAAGUUAGAGAACACAGUGUUUAUGGUCCUUACGUAGAUGGCCUAUCUAAGCUAGCUGUUGCUAGCUACAAGGACAUCGAGUCCUUGAUGUCCGAGGGCAACAAAUCUCGAACAGUGGCUGCAACCAACAUGAAUGAGGAGAGCAGUCGGUCCCAUGCAGUCUUCAAGAUUAUCCUCACCCACACACUCUAUGAUGUACAAUCAGGGACAUCAGGUGAGAAGGUGGGCAAGCUGAGUCUGGUGGACUUAGCAGGUAGUGAAAGGGCAACGAAGACUGGUGCUGCAGGAGACAGGCUGAAAGAAGGAAGCAACAUUAACAAAUCCCUCACAACUCUUGGACUGGUUAUUUCUGCCCUGGCAGAUCAGGCUGCUGGCAAGAACAAGAACAAAUUUGUUCCUUAUCGUGAUUCUGUGCUCACUUGGUUACUUAAAGAUAGCCUUGGUGGUAACAGCAAGACUGCCAUGGUAGCAACAGUAAGCCCAGCAGCAGACAACUAUGAUGAGACCCUUUCAACACUGAGGUACGCAGACCGGGCCAAGAACAUCGUUAAUCAUGCAGUGGUGAAUGAAGACCCCAACGCUCGCAUUAUUCGGGAGCUCCGUGAGGAAGUGGAGAAGCUGCGAGAACAGCUUACAAAAGCAGAGGCUAUGAAAUCACCAGAAUUAAAAGAACGGUUGGAGGAAUCGGAAAAGUUGAUUCAGGAAAUGACUGUGACCUGGGAAGAAAAAUUGAGAAAAACUGAGGAGAUAGCACAGGAGCGUCAGAAACAGUUGGAAAGUCUUGGCAUAUCUCUUCAGUCUUCUGGAAUAAAAGUUGGGGAUAAUAAGUGCUUCCUGGUUAAUUUGAAUGCAGACCCAGCUCUCAAUGAACUUCUGGUAUACUAUUUAAAGGAGCACACAUUAAUAGGCUCAGACAACUCUCAGGAUAUCCAGCUGUGUGGAAUGGGAAUUCUUCCUGAACACUGCAUUAUAGACAUCACCCCAGAAGGACAGGUUAUGUUAACACCUCAAAAAAAUACUAGGACAUUCGUAAAUGGUUCUGCUGUCGUGUGUCCUAUCCAGCUGCAUCAUGGGGACAGAAUACUGUGGGGAAACAACCACUUCUUCAGGCUGAAUUUACCAAAGAAGAAAAAGAAGGCAGAUCAUGAGGAUGAAGAGCGAGACAACUCUAUGAAGUGCAGUAAUAGUGUUGAGCAGCUGGACGUAGAUGGAGACAAUUCCAGUGAAGUGUCUAGUGAGAUUAACUUCAGCUAUGAAUAUGCCCAGAUGGAAGUCACUAUGAAGGCACUUGGUAGUAAUGAUCCAAUGCAGUCGAUCUUGCAAAGCCUGGAGCAGCAACACGAAGAGGAGAAGAGAUCUGCGCUUGAGCGACAGAGACUGAUGUAUGAACAUGAACUGGAGCAAUUACGAAGGCGAUUGUCGCCAGAGAAGCAGCAUUUCCGCAGCAUGGACAGGUUCUCCUUUCAUUCUCCCAGUGCUCAGCAGCGAUUACGGCAGUGGGCGGAGGAGAGAGAAGAAAUGUUGACCCACAGCCUGAGAAAGUUGCGAGAGCAGAUUGUUAAAGCCAAUUUGUAUGUGAGAGAAGCCAAUUUCAUCGGAGAGGAGUUGGACAAGAGGACAGAGUAUAAAGUUACCCUCCAGAUCCCUGCUUCAAGCCUUAAUGCUAACAGUAAGAGAGGUGCGAUUCUCAGUGAGCCUGCUAUUCAGGUGAGAAGGAAAGGGAAAGGCAAGCAGAUUUGGUCACUGGAAAAGCUGGAGAAUCGAUUGGUAGAUAUGAGGGAUCUUUACCAGGAGUGGAAAGACUGUGAGGAAGACAACCCAGUGAUGCGAGCUUACUUCAGGCGAGCUGAUCCAUUCUACGAUGAGCAGGAAAACCACAGCCUUAUCGGAGUAGCCAAUGUUUUUCUUGAGUGCCUGUUCUAUGAUGUGAAGCUACAAUACGCUGUUCCAAUCAUCAAUCAGAAGGGAGAGGUAUCAGGUCGUCUGCACAUUGAAGUUGUUCGAGUGAGCGGAGAGAUAGACGACAGGUUGGUUGGAGGCGAGGAUGGUCCAGACUAUUCAAGUGAAAAUGACACUCAGGAGAGAAAACUUGUCUGCAGGAUUAAAAUACUUCAGGCUACAGGUUUGCCACAGCACCUCUCCAACUUUGUGUUCUGCAAAUAUACAUUCUGGGAUCAACUGGAGCCAGUUACUGUUGCACCUGAGGUGGAUCCUUCCUUAUCUUCCGUCAGCAAGGAGCCACGGUGCAUGGUUGUCUUUGAUCACUGCAAUGAAGUUUCUGUAAAUAUUUCUGAAGACUUCAUGGAACAUCUUUAUGAUGGUGCUUUGGCAAUUGAAGUAUAUGGGCACAAGCAGAGUGGUGAUCGCAAAAAUCCAGCCCUGUGGGAUCUGGGAAUAAUUCAAGCCAAAACACGCAGCCUUCGUGACAGGUGGAGUGAAGUAACCCGGAAAGUAGAACUCUGGGUUCAAAUUCUAGAGCUGAAUGAGAAUGGGGAAUACUGCCCAGUUGAGGUGACUCCUGCCAAGGAUGUAUGCACAGGAGGCAUCUUCCAGCUCAGACAGGGACAAUCUCGACGAAUUCAGGUUGAAGUGAGAUCUGUACAGGAAUCUGGGACCUUGCCACUGAUGGAGGAAUCGAUUUUAUCUGUUGGCAUUGGCUGUGUUCAAAUAAAACAUGUCAAGUCACAAAAAGUACCUGAAAAUUAUCAGGAAGAAGAGGAUGAAAUGGACAGUUAUCAGGAUAGGGAUUUGGAGAGGCUCCGUCGGAAAUGGCUGUGUGCCUUAACGAAGCGUCAGGAGUAUCUUGAUCAGCAAUUGCAAAAACUCGUUGGGAAGCCUGAUAAAACAGAAGAUGAUGCGGAUCGGGAGGCACAGCUUUUGGAGAUGAGGCUAACGCUCACUGAAGAAAGGAAUGCUGUAAUGGUUCCUUCUGCUGGCAGUGGGAUCCCUGGAGCUCCAGCGGAGUGGACUCCUGUGCCUGGUAUGGAAACUCACAUUCCUGUUAUUUUCCUUGACUUGAAUGCUGAUGACUUCAGUUCCCAAGAUAAUCUUGAUGACCCAGAAGCAGGUGGGUGGGAUGCUACUCUUGUUGCAGAAGAGGAAGAGGAAUUCUUUGAACUGCAGAUUGUGAAGCAUCAUGAUAGUGAGGUGAAAGCAGAAGCCUCAUGGGAUUCCACAGUCCAUGACUGUAUCCAGCUCAGUAAAGGAACAGCAGCAGAUGAAAGAGUUUACCUUAUCGUGAGAGCCACUGUCCAGCUCAGCCAUCCUGCAGAGAUGCAAUUAGUGUUACGCAAGCGCAUUUGUGUUAAUGUGUAUGGCAGACAGGGUUUUGCCCAGAGUUUCCUCCGAAGAAUGUCUCAUCGAAGUUCCAUUCCUGGCUGUGGUGUCACUUUUGAGAUAGUCUCAAAUAUUCCAGAGGAUGCUCAAGGAGCUGAAGAGCGGGAGGCACUAGCCCGAAUGGCAGCAAAUGUUGAAGAUGCAGCCUCAGCUGACUCUGAAGCCUAUAUUGAGAAGUACUUGAGGAGUGUGCUGGCUGUGGAGAACAUUCUCACCUUGGAUCGUCUGCGCCAGGAAGUUACUGUAAAAGAGCAGCUAAUGGGAAAAGGAAAACUCUACCGCAGGAGCCUGAGCUCUCCCAAUGUGAAUCGGCUUUCUGGAAGCCGCCAAGAUUUAGCACCCCCUUAUAACCUGAGCAGUAACCGGAGUCCAAACAUCCCAGCAGAGGGCCGAUGGGAGAGUCAGCAAGAUGUGUCCCAAGGUGCCACAAAUUCCAGUAGAGGCAUUAGUCCAUCUCGUACCUCUCUGCCGGGCUCUGGGCAGCAAAACCACUCUCCUGAUCCAGGUAUUGGUAGUCUUGCCGCUUCCUACCUGAAUCCUGUAAAGUCCUUUGUGCCUCAGAUGCCAAAGCUGCUGAAGUCUCUCUUUCCUGUUAGAGAUGAGAAAAAGGGCAGGCAGGCCUCUCCCCUUGCAUAUCAGGCUGUCCCACGAAUUAUGGUUCAGUCUGCCAGUAUUGAUGCCAGCGCUGCAAAGAUAAAACAGAUUAACCAAGAGGAAAUAGGGAAACAGCCAUCUGAAGCUGCAGUGCGGGCGUCUGAGGCGGACAAGAAUCUGGAAAAGACACCCAAAGUGCCUUUGCAGCAGUCCACAGGAGACAGCCAGGCGCAGGACUCCCAGGAAGGACCUCCAAGUCCUCUGAGUGAAGCCUCCAGUGGGUACUUUUCUCAUAGUGUCUCGACAGCCACCCUCUCGGAAGCCCUUGCAGCAGGAAGUGAUGCUGUGGCUCCACCAGGAGGUCAGAUGCCUGCGGUGAGUGACUUCCCAGCUCCCACUGUGGCUCAGGUCUCUUCUUCUGACAUGCCAGGGCACUCGGACAGUUUUUCAGAAAACUGUCUCAGUACUAAGAGGGAGAGUCUGCCUGCCUUCAACCUUCAAAGUGCUCAUGCAAGACCUAAAGACAGCACUGAAGUGAAUGGAAAUGAUGCUUUGAAAUCAAAGUCUUGCACAUCUCCUGUGACUCAGAGUGAGCAGGCAAAUGAUGCCUCUGUAGCCACUGAUGCAAAAACCUUUCUUUCUACCUCCACUCCAAAGAAGGAGUUGUUACCCAAACAAUCAAUGGAGUCAGCAGGACAAGCUAGGAAAAAAGAAAUGGCUUCUGGGGCUUCAGAACUGGGGUUUCCCAAGCCGCAGAUUCUUCCCGACCAAUUGUCCCAGCCCAGUGUUGCAGCCUCCCCCUUCAAAAUCCAGAAAGUCAAGACAUCAGAGCUGAAGUCCUUUACAAGCAUGCUGGGGACAGAUCCCACAUGUUCACUAAACACAGAAGAGCAGCAGGAAGGAGAAAAGAGCACAUCCACUGCCCGUGGACUGAACCAUAAUGGAUCAGAGAUGGCAGAAGAAAAACUGGAGGUGACUUCUGACUCUGAAGAUGCCAAUGAGAUUCCUGAGUGGCUGAAAGAGGGAGAAUACGUCACGGUUGGCGCAAAUAAGACAGGCACCGUUAGAUAUAUUGGGCCCACAGACUUUCAAGAGGGAACAUGGGUCGGUGUCGAACUGGAUUUACCUUCAGGUAAGAAUGAUGGCUCGAUUGGAGGGAAGCAGUACUUCAGAUGCAACCCAGGCUACGGAUUGCUUGUGAAGCCAGGCAGAGUGAAGAAGGCCACAGGACCAGCAAGACGGCGGAGCACUGGAUUGAGGUUGCAAGGAGGAACCGCUGCUGAGAACAGGAGGAGCGGCAACUUCUCUGGUUCAGCCUCCAACCUGGCUUCGCUCACAGCCCUGGCGAAAUCGGAAGGAGGAUCCACGCUGCGAGCGGAGAAGAGCCAGAAAAAUGCAGAAAACAGGAAAUCCUGGGCAAACUGA